GCUUUUCGCGGGCAUUUUGAAAGGAACUUUUGGAUUAAAUCUAUAGCUGACGGUUCUAACUUGAACUACGACUGUUCUCCUCGGGUUUUUUUUGAAAGAACUAUUUGUUCCAAGUAUUAAACCUAAAGUUUGUUUCCUCUCUGGAGUGAGUGAGUUCCCCAGCAAAACCUCACGGACAAUAUACAGCAAGUAGCGAGUGGCCACAUCAGCUGAUAUGGAGAGCCGGAGUUGAACCUCUUCCCUUUGAGUCCCUGGCGCUUUGAUUGCACACUGUUCGAGGACAACAGUGCUGGUCGGUCGUAAGUGAGAUGGACAAGAAGAAACCCCUGAACAGAGCGACAUACACAGAGGCUGAUUGGCGUGCUUCUCCUGCCAGCUCCCACCUUCUCCAUGCCCACCUACUUGCGGUGCCAUCAGGGAGAGACUUGAAAGGUAUUUGAAACUGUCUUCCUUAAUCAUUUCCCGGAUCCCGCAGGACGCGCCGCGUGACGUGACAACAGAGGAAGGACGGACAAGGGGAGGAGGAGAAAGUGAUGUUAUACGUCAAUCUUCUCCAAGGGUUCAGGAGGAACGCCCAGUGACACAGAUGGAAGGAGUGACAGACUCGAGACCAUCCCUCAUGGAGCAUUGGUCGUUGCACAGUUUUUUCCUCCAAGUAUGGACAAAGCCCAUCUCUCGAGCUCUAAUGACAUCAUAAUGACGAGCGCGACAGGCUCCUACCAGCAGGAGCCCCUGACUCCACCCAGACCCGCCCACCAUCACUCGUCGUCCUCGUCCUCCCCGUCCUCCUCGUCCUCGCCGCUCAAGCCUAACCAGGUCGGCCAAGUCAUCCUGUACGGCGUUCCCAUCGUGUCCCUGGUCAUCGACCACAACGAGAGACUUUGCCUGGCGCAGAUCUCAAACACGCUCCUCAAGAACUACAGCUACAAUGAGAUCCACAACCGGCGCGUGGCGCUGGGCAUCACCUGUGUGCAGUGCACGCCGGUGCAGCUGGAGAUCCUGCGUCGUGCCGGCGCCAUGCCCAUCUCGUCGCGCCGCUGUGGCAUGAUCACCAAGCGGGAGGCCGAGCGCCUGUGCAAGUCCUUCCUGGGGGAGAAUGCUCCGCCCAAACUGCCCGACAACUUCGCUUUCGACGUGUCGCACGAGUGCGCCUGGGGUUGCCGCGGCAACUUCAUCCCGGCGCGCUACAACAGCUCCCGGGCCAAAUGCAUCAAGUGCUCCUUCUGCAACAUGUACUUCUCCCCGAAUAAGUUCAUCUUCCACUCCCACCGCACGCCCGACGCCAAGUACACCCAACCCGACGCCGCCAACUUCAACUCUUGGCGACGACAUCUCAAACUCAGCGAGAAAAUCCCGCCCGAUGAGUUGGUCUUCGCGUGGGAAGACGUCAAAGCCAUGUUCAAUGGCGGCAGCCGGAAGAGAGCCCUGCCCUCCUCAUCCCACUGCUCCUCCAUGGGGUCGAUGAAGAACCUCGGCGGUUCGGUGGUGCCUCACAUGAUGGGACCGGACCUGGGCGCUCAGAAGAGAGGCCGCUUCGAAGAUGAGGACGAUCUGGACGGAGGCGGUCUGUCUCCCCGCAAGGCACCACGUAGUUAUCCCGUCAUCCCCGUCCCGAGCAAAAGCUUCGGCAUGCUGCAGAAGUUCCCUCCCACGUCGCUCUUCCCCUCACCGUACCCCUUCCCGGCAUUUGGCCUCUGCCAGCAGAAGAAAGAUGACAGUGAUGUUUCAGCCGGGCAGAAAGGAGCAGGCCUGUCUGGUCUUUUAUGGCCCGGCCGCAAAGACACUUUUUAUCCUCCCUUCUGCAUGUUCUGGCCACCGAGAGCAGCGGGAGGAAUCCCCGUCCCCACCUACCUCCAGCCGCAGCCCAGUGCCCUCUCCUCCCUGGCGGACAACCCUUCACUCAGACAGGCCUUCCUGGAUCUCUCAGACCCCGGUGAGCCCGGAGCUGUCGCGGGCAGCGCAAAUGGCGUCGGUGCAGCAACCAUGGCCUCUGGCAGUGCGACCACCACAACGCGAACGGGGCUUUUUGACCCAGACUGCACGACGGUAACCCCUGACCUCCGCCCCGUGACGUCAGAGGGCUGGCUCAAACUCCUGGACGCCCCCACCCUGCAGACCAGGAAGCCGAGCUACGGAUCGGCCUUCCGCCCUGUCAUCAAAGAUGCAGAGAGCAUUGCCAAACUUCACGGCAGCAGCGGAGGCGUCACCGGGGCAACGGACGAAGACUUUGGCGUCCGCCACCAGCGGCUAUCGCCCACCAGCAGCUGUAGUUACGGAAGUGAAAGCGGCGGCGACGGUGAAGCGGAGGUAGGGGACAGUGAGGAGGAGGGGGAGGUGGACGUGGAGUCGUCAAAGCAGGACGAGGAUGAGGAGGAAGGGAGUUUCACAAACAGGCCACCACAGACUCAAACCAACCUGUACCUCCCUGCGCUGAGCGACAGCGCCGGAGAGGAGAGGGGGAAGGAGAGAGGGAGUGGCGUCGCGUACCCCAGCGCCUCCCCUCCCCCCUCCUCCUCGGACCCCAUCCAGCAGGAGUCCCCCAGCCCGCCUGCCUCCCCUCCAGCCAGCCUGCCUCUCUCCAGCUCCAACCCGCCUCACCGAGAGGACCCCGCUUACAAAAACAUCCACAAAAACAGAGACGAAGGACUUCCUGCGUAUGCAACCAAAGACAACUCCAGCAAUUCUGACGAAAACAAAGAGCAGAGUAGUUUCUUUGCGCCAGAGAGUGAGACGUCUGCACCGGACUACUGGAGGGAGAGCUCAGGUGAUCAGAGCCAAGGCGCUUCCUCUCCGGUUCCACUGAAGAAGGACGUUGAGAACAUGGAGAAAGAGGAGCUUCAGAAGGUUUUGCUGGAGCAGAUCGACUUCAGGAGGAGACUGGAGCAGGAGUUUCAUGCUCUGAAGGGCACCUCGCCAUUUCCUGUUUUCCAUAAUUUCCAAGAUCAGAUGAAACGAGAGCUCGCCUACCGAGAGGAGAUGGUCCAACAGUUACAGAUGAUUCCCUACGCAAACAUCAUCAGGAAAGAAAAGAUCAGCUCACAUCUCAACAAGUAGCUGAAAAGCAGACUCAAGAGAAUCAAAGAGGAAGAAGCUGCUUGGAUUUCUGUGACUGUUCCAAGAAUAAAAAAGACUGCUCACACAAAAUAUAUAUAUACAAAAAUAUAUAAGACAGUGUGGACCUCUAUCCGUUCCCAUUCUCCUCAAUGGGAAAUUGGUCUCAGACUUUGUACAUUUCUUAUCCUGGGACCGGAGCGAUUCGGCUGCUUCUUCAGUACCUUGAAUGUUAAUAGCCCAGCACUUAAAAAACUCUUGUCUGCUAUAAGAACUCAUUUGGAGCGGUUCAUACUGUCGUGUGUUUCGUCCUUCGUCACGUUUAUUUUCCUGGACUGACUGAACUGAGAGGGAGGGACACGAGACUGGCGACACCAGGAGACUUCCUGCUCUUUUCCUCGUCGCUGCGCCGGCAGUCAAACUCAAAGCUUUACCAAAACCAGGACCAAAGCGACCGACGCCUCUCUUCAUGCCCCUUGAACUUUUGUAGGGCUUUUGAAAAGGCAGUUGUAAGACUUUUCCUUCUCCUAAAAAAACUUGUCCAAGCUCUUACCAGAUGAUGAACAGUCAUAGAUUCAAGAAGACUGAGCUGCUGGCCCCAAUUGCACAGUACAUACACCAGACUGUGGAUGAGGACGGACGUCACACGAGAGUUUUCGCUGCUGUUGUUGUCAUUGUUGUUGUUGUUGUUGUUGUUGUUGUUGUUGUUGUUGAGAAACACACAUACCGACCUUAAUUUAUUGUCAACAUAUAUAUAUAUCCCCACGGGAUUCUCCUCAGUUGCGCUUAAACAAACUUCCCUGUGAACGCAAAUCCUCAUUACCGCAGAUUAUCGACACAGUCAAUAAUCACUGAAGAGAAAAUCGGUGGACACUUUGAUACAACACAAGCUUUGGUCUUUGAGUCGUCCCUAAACAUGAAGGUGCCAGAUGAAGAACAGAAUAAAGGGAAAUGCGAACACAGGGAGUAUUUGUGUUUUUGGUUUUUAAACCUAACGGUGCUGUUUGACUAGAAUCAGCAAAGGGUGGUAUCAAAAAAGUGUUCACAAGGGCAUCACAAUUUGUACCCAUGGUAUUUGUAUUUGGGAUGGAUUUCUGAAUGUGAAAAACAAAACAGUAUUAUGUCCAAUGCAGGUGUUGCAGCAUCUGAUUACGUUUUUGUUUUUUUUAACUUUGAAAUAACAUUCUGUCACAUCUACAGUGUGUAACAUGAAGGUACCAGAUGAAAUCGCUGAAUCCGCCUUUUAAACUUUGUUUGGGAUGUUGGCAGACGAUCAAAGGCCAAUUGUUUUUAUCCGUAAAAGAAUGUCUGGGGCCACGAGGAGCGACGUCUGUCAGUGUUGUAGAUCUGCCUGUAAAUGAUUUCACCCCGACUGUAUAAAACGUCAUUAGUGAGAACACUGAACCUCACUGUCAUGUCUGUCUGUAUGUGUUUGUUUGUUUAUUUAUUUGAGUAUCAGACCCUGAUUAUGAAAAUAUUAUUUAUUGCAAUGUUAAAAGAAAGAGAUGACGAUGAUGACGGUGCAGUCCGUGUGUAUGUCAGAGAGAAUUAAAAAAGGAAAGUCGCCCUCA